AUGCCGGUGGUGCGGCAGCGGCGGCGCAGAGCCCGACUGCCAGCCACCUGCAACCGGAGCAGGUCCGGCACCGGCAGAGCGAUGCCUGCGCCCGCCGCACCCGUAACCGCCAGGCUGAAGAGGGAAGACUGCCCCCGCACCAAGCACGACUCCCUCUUCUCCCCAUGGAAGAUACGAACUCCCCGUCUCCUCACUAUGUCCAAUCUGGAAAUUCUGGGUUCUUGGUUCGCGCCCCAUCUGCGCCUCAACCCCUCACUUAUCCGGUUAUCCCAUUUCCAAGUUCUUGUCGGGCCGUCGGACUGGAGGGACCACGCUGCCGGCAAGGAGGGGGUCCAGAGGUACCGCAUCCGCAACCUCCCGGACAACUUCCCCGGCCUCUACGAGCUAGGCGUUGCCGGCGCGGCCGACGAGGGCGUCAGGGCCCGGAGGCGUGACGCGCGAGGCGUCGUCGUGGUGUACCUCGGGCAGGCUGACAGUGUCCGGGCGAGGCUGCAGCAGUAUGGCCGCUCGGGGUCGCAUCUGGACACUGCGAAUUCGCUGGGUUCUGCUGGUAGAGAUGCGGUGAAUGCGCUCGCCGCGGGUCCUGGACUGUUCAGAGAAGUGUUCUCCAGAGGCUACUCCGUCGUGUUUCGAUGUGCGCUGAUGGACAAUAAACAAGAAGCUGAGAAGACUGAAGCACUACUGCUGAGAGUAUUUGAUUAUGCAUGGAACAAGCUUCAGAAUAGUGCUUGUCGCCGGGAAGAAAUACUGCACAAGUUAGAACUGCGAGCAGCCAACCAUAGAUCUCUACUUAGCAGAGUAAGUGACAUGAAACAAAAAAUAUUUGGAGAGAAAGCAGGUAUAAAGAUAAAGGGAAGUGGGUUAGCUAACACCUCGCCUGGCAUAAUUAAAAGUAUGCUCCCAAGGGUUCGUACUAUUGUUCGUUUCAGACCUCAGGUACUUAACUCUGAGGACAGUGAAGGUGAGAUGACUGAUAUUCCCUGGAAAAAAAUAUCUGAUAUUCCCUGUGCAAAUAGACAAGCACAUAGAAGGGGGUCCGAAGGAUACAAAGUAAAAAAGAUUGAUGUUACAAAACGGAGAACUGUGCCGAUACAGGAUUCUAACUCUGUUUGUGGAGUGGUGCUGGAAGAUGGUUCUUCUUGUCUGGAGCACCCAGUUCAUGGAAGGAAGAGGUGCAGCUUACACAAAGGUAAAAGAGUCAAAGGCAGCCCAAAAAGUUCACCUACUAGCUAUCCUUGCCAAGUUGAGAUUGCAAUUCCUGAGUUCGUUCCUUGUCUAACUGAAGAUUUGGACAGCUCAGUUCCGAAACAGGAAAGCAAAAUACUGGAGGAACCUUUGAGGCACACCAAUAGCUUCGAAUCAGAAAAGGUGAAUACUGGAGAAGCUUCUACAGAAGAUGGAACACGUGAAAUCUCCAGGGAUGCUUGUAUCUUAGAAGAGAAGUUUUCCCAUGCUGAAUCUGAGUCUCAGGAGGAGCAGCCUUCUGGGAGAAUGUGGUUUGAGCUGCUCAAAUCACAGAGGAAACCGGCGAGCAAACAGCCAUCAAGAGGCUCAGGAUCUCAGAUAACAGCAAUGACAGAUAACAGGCCUUGCAAAAUGGUGUCAAUUGCAGGAAUGGAAAGGUGUGAGGAGGACAGUGGAAUAGAGGCCACUGGUGCUUCGUUUUCCAGAAGCUCAGGAUGGCCGUGUACCUGUGGCGCCCGUACAUCAGACGGUUCACCUUGUAUGAAUAGACCGGUUGAAGGGAGGAAGAGAUGUGCAUUGCACAAAGGGCAAAGAGCAGCAUUCCUCCCUACACCAUCGGUGUAA